UGGCAGUUAGAGAAAAGAGGAAGGAGAACUUCUCGAUUUUUUACGCAGUGUAGGUGUUGGAUGACUGAAUAAUUGACAAUUUCAAGUUCAUAAUUUCAACCAAAAUAAAAUACUUGAAAACGAAUGUGGUAGUUAAAUAUCAGAUGACAAAAAUUGGUUUAUACUUCGUAUAGAAGAUGUCUUUUGUGGUUGUUUCUAUUUCUAGAAGAUUUAAUGUAAAAAAUGUUAGUAGAGUAUGGUCCUCAACUCGUUUAUUUUCAUCUACGACAUCUUCAGAUCAACAAAGUGAUGGUUGUUACGAAGAAGGUAUAAGGGAGAAAAUUUUAGAGGCCUCAUUACCAUUUGUACCAGAAUAUGGUUGGUCUAAGGAAUGUAUCAGUAAAGGAGCACAAAGUAUUGGUUACCCUGGUGUCAUACACGGAAUGUUUACGAAGGGUGGUGGAGAUUUAAUUCAUUAUCUACAAACUAGUUCUAAUUCUAAGUUAGUUGAAUUUUUAAAAAGGUAUCAAAAUGAAACUCAGGAUAAGCCCAUUCCUCCUGCGGAGUUUGCUGAGAGAGCUAUCCAGCAACGUUUAAGGAUGAUUGGUCCCUAUAUUGGAAAAUGGCCUCAGGCUAUAGCUAUUAUGUCUUUACCCCCUAACGUACCUAAUAGUUUAGCAACAUUGUUAACUAUGGUAGACGAUAUAUGUUAUUAUGCAGGUGACAGAUCAGUAGAUUAUAAUUGGUAUUUGAGAAGAAUAGGAAUAGCUGGUGUGUAUAAAGCUACCGAAUUGUAUAUGAUUCAAGAUAAAUCCGAGAAAUUUCAAGAUACCUGGAUAUUUCUCAAUAAAAGAUUACAUGAAGCUGUACAAUUACACGAUUUGCUAAUUAAAUCGGAAAGCGGUACGCAAAUGGCAAAAGAUACUGUUCAAUCAGUUUUUAUUACGGUAAGUUUGACAAAAUAUUUACAAUUUGUUGGAAUAAUGUCAAAAAAAAUCGUAAAUAUUUAUUUUUGUACCUUUUUCUAAUCCUUAAAGCGUCUUAUCUACUUUAUUUAGCUCGUCAAUCUUGAUAAAACAAGAUUUAAGUUUUAAAAAAAGUCAUAGAAGACCAAGUCUGUUGAAUACAAUGGCUACUGCAUGGUUAUGAUUUUAAUUAUAUUUUCAAUUUAUUUAUAAUAUAAAGUGAAAGUAUGGAAUAUAAGAUGUGGAUAUUAAGUUUUGUCUUACCCCGCUAGGAAUCUCCGUUAUUUUAGACGAAGAUGAAAAAUCCUCGAAUCCUUCAAUUUUUAUUUUAACCGAGGUUUAUUAUAAACAUAUUAAAAAAUUGUCACCCCUUUCACCAGCUAUCCUUGACAACUAUCCCUUCAGAUGUUUUAACUAGCAAGGGUGAUACUUCGUUGGAAAGGAUUUGAAAAAUAAAACUCAAAAAUGUAUAAUUUUUAAAUUUCGGAUGAAAAAGACAGCAAUUUAUUUUUCAAUUUUUGAGUAUCGCACCCUCCGUUGCUAUUAAAAACUAUGAGGAGGUAGAUGUUAAGGGUAGGGGGUAUUGUGGAUUGAAAAAUGUAAAUAUUUCAAAAUCUAUGAUUUUCUCUAUGAAGAAUGCCUAUUCAAGAUAUGGCGCAGCACAAAAAGACAAAAAAUCACUAGAUUUACUAAAAAAAAGAAAACGAAUUAAUUAGUUAAAUUAAAAAUAAAUAACUUGGUUGGUGUAUUAUACUUGUAGUUUCUGAAAUAAACAUUCAUCCUCAUAAAAGUGUAGUAAAUUCAUAAAAUUUCAACCGGGAAAAUGUGAAAGUCAAAAUUCAAAAUUUAAAAAUUAUACAUUUUUGAUUUAGGCUUUUCAAACCCUUUCAGAUGAAGUAUCCAAUGUUUUUUCAAAAAUUUGAGGAGGUAGCUGUCAAGGGAAGGGGGUAUUUUGCUAUGUUUAUAAAACACCUCGAUUAAAAGAAAAAUGACAAAUUCGAGGAUUUUCCAUGUUUGUCCAAAAUAAAGAUAACUGAAACCAAACUUUAUGUAAUAUUUAUACAAAAUGUGUUUGUUUUGUUAUAUAUUGUGAAAUAUUUAAUUUUUUAGGCUCGCAAUAUACUAGGACUCAACUGGACUAGAUAGAGAAAUAAUUUAGGAAAAACCAGUUAAUAUAUUUUUAUUUCCUCUCUUUACCAAAAUGGAUGUGAUUUUUAGUAUUAUUGCAAUAAUUAAAAAUUGAGUUUUA